UCGGCCAAUAUUUUAUUUGUUGGAAUUAAAUUCUUUGUCUAGAUUUCUUUGUAAUUAUACUUGCUAAACUCUCAAAAAUAAAUAAUUAAUAACACAUAAUACCUUACUUAAAUCUUACAUCUUAAGACCAUAUAAUUAACACUAAAAACUAGAAUUUUAGAAUCAUAUCCAUAAAAAAAGACAAAAGAACAUAUGCUGAUGUCCUUAUUGCAUAAAGAAGGUGGCCCACAUUUGACAAUAACCUUAAUUAACAAAGUUGAUGACUUGAUGGUAACUUAAGCUUCAUCAUGAAGUUAUACUAGGUUCCCUUUGUCGGGCAGUAAUAUAAGUCUAUAAGAUGAAUUAACUCCUCACACAACAAAAUUUAUAUUCCUAUAACUAUAGCCCAAGUGCCCAACUGAAAAUGAAGAUGAGUGUACGUAUACUCCUCAUCUUAUGUACUCAACUCCUAGCAAUCUCACUUCACCAUCAUGUAAUUCACUCCAAGGGUCUAACCCUACAACUACUUCAAGGUGUCGAGAGGGUGGGGGUGGACGGUGGCAACACGGUUCAAGUUAACCAUGAACUUAAGAUAGGAAAGGGUCCAUAUGGUGGUGCCAAUAUGAACCGUGAUCCACGUGUUUCUAAGAGCAAUGCACCGUCAUCACACCUUCGUCAUGUUGUUUGUAUCUGUGUUAGUGUUGGUAUUGGUGUUGGUUUCGUUACGCCUCUCUUGUUUGGUUUCUAGGAUGUCAACAUCAAAUUGGUAUAUGGUCUUGGAACUUGAAAAGUUGGUUUUUCUUAAAAAGUUGUAACAUGUAAUAUAUGUUGUAUCAUGUUGAAGAAAAUACUCUAACCAACCAAGCUAUUUAUGGUUGUGUUUCAAAGAAAUCUUUCUUUUUGGUA